AAAAAACCUGGAUACCCGUCUUGUAAAGAAGAAGUUGUUUACGUGAGAUAGGGAUAACAAAGAUAACAAGAGAGGACAGACCAUGUCGACUGAGUAUCCACCAUCUUCACCUUUCCUAGCCGCUGUGCCAGAGAGUGAGGACCAACUUCAGGAUGACCCAUUCCACUCAUUCUCCGUCCCAUCCAAGAAGCUCGUGUUGAGCACUCCGUUCAACAAGGAACACAAGAACGCUGUCAAGGCAGAAACGUUCCCAACGCCUAACCCAUCUUCCAGUGCUGGUGCACGGGACCAGGACCAAGGGUCCAGCUCACCUCCGAGAACUGAGACUGCUGUUGCUGCUGAAUUGCUUCAGCACCCGUUGAUCAGAACUGAAGUUGACUUCCAAGAAACACCAGAUAGCAACUCCCAUAAGGUUGUCAAUACCCAAAGACCGUUGAAAGUGCUGUUGUACCCGAAUGAGAAGGUUACCCUCGGUAGAUCUUCCCGCUGUGACUACUUCAUGAAGUCCAAAUUCGCGUCGCGUGUUCAUAUUAAGUUGCAGUACAGCAAGGAACACGAUGAGUUGACAGUUUUCUGCAAAGGCUCCAACGCUCUCUACAUUCAAUUCCAUAAGCAAAUCUUUGGCCGUAUAGUCAAGGAUAGCGAGGAUGUCUAUUACAUCGAGACCAAGCCAUCGGAAGACUGUGAUGACGAUGAGGUGUUUACCGAGAUUAAGGUCGUCACCGGCGAACAGUUCACUGUUCCAUACGAUCCAGAGUUGACGAUUAGAGUCAUGGAUUAUCAAAUCAUGGUCGAUGUUACCAGUGAUGAGUCUGAAACAGAGGACGAAAAACCAGUGUUGAGUAAGUCACUAAGCCACAUUGAGCCAACCCAACAGAUGAAGGAGGUUGAGCCAGAUUACUUACAAACACCAACCGAUAAGUCUACCAAGUUGAGCAAAGUCGACGCACCAACCAAGUGUGUCUCCAAAACCACCACUCCGAUCUUGAAAUCUUCUGUCUCUGAACAAUCUGCACACUCAUCGUUCGACGGUUCCUUGACUCCAUCAAACAAGGUCUCGGAAGCUAAGAAGGAGCGCACACCUCUACAACCAAUGAGUGCCAAUGACCUGAACAAGGAACAACAAUCAAAGGCAGCAAACCAUGAAGUGAAAAAUAGACGCGUUCGUAAAGCUGAGCCUGGGUUGUCCCCAGUCAAGAAGAAAGUUGAUCGUUUACAACCACGUGAAAAGAUUGAAUCUAUGAACAUUGAACAAAUCUUGGAAACAGUGGAAGAGGUUGACUCUAUCCAGAAUGUUGUUACAAACCAUUUGGCAUUUUCAAGGCUGUCACAGACCCCAUUAGCACAAUUGCAGACCGUUUCUGCAUCGACACAGAAUUUGACCCGUCAGCAGUUGAGAGCUGUGCUCGCAGCUUGUCCACAUAUUGGUGUCAUUUACCGUCGUGGUAAGGACGCCGCGGGCAAAUACUUAGACGAGGAGUACUACUACGACGUGGAGAAAGACGCUGACGAGGAAAGGGUCAAACUCGUUAAUACCGUGAAAGGUGGUGGUUUAAGAAGUUGCAGAAAGACUCACAAGCAGUACUUCUGGAAGAAACCAGGUGCUUCUAAGAAAUAAGCUAACAACGGGAGUCCUGUUAUGAAACAUAGCAUUCUCGCUAGUGUCCUAUUGUUGUGUAUGUGUUUUUAUUAGCGGUAGCCUGUUUGUAUGGUUUUAAUCAUUUGACAUUUGC